AUUUAACUUCAUUGAAAAAUAUAAGGAAAAAUGUGAGUAGAAGGCCACGUAAAAGCAUUCAAUAUCGAGCAGACUGCAAAAUACUUCCUGUCAAUGCCCGACAUGGUUUCGUCAUGAAAAUUUAUUUAUAUGGGGCAUAUAAUAGCGACUCAGAAAGAUUUUCAACAAACCAAUGAACUUAUACUUUAAAGUCUAUCGCUCAAGCUGUUGGUUGUGUCUCUUAGUCAAUGUCUUAACUAGUCCGAGGUUGGCACCCCUUGUUCUCCUUACGUACCUCUAUAUGACUGAAUUUCAACUCUAUGUUUACUAGCAUAUCUCCCUCUUCUCCAUUUCUCUUUCUUUUUUCAGUUUAUGUUGUACACAGACGAUUCCCGCACGCAAUUUCCUCCGUCACCAAAUCCUUUUGUUCCCAGUAGUUCAUCCGACUCCAGAUCGUUUUCUUCUUUCCACCCCCGGUUUGACGUGUCGCUUGAAGCUCCUACGGCCAUUGCUCUCCAAGAUGACGACGUUCCUUUGACUUAUAUCAAUCGAGGCCAAUACUAUAUAAUAACCUUGAAUGACAGACAAGAGUUUGAUGGUGAUAUCGAAACGACAGUGAUUCUUGCUUUCCACGACCAGCAGCAUCGACGGGUGGCGACGAGUUUUUGGAAAUUUUGGCUGGGUCAGCAACCAACUACAAGCAGUCCCAGAGCCAUCGAUAUUGAUCAAGAACAUAGUCAAGGAACCUACGGUAUUGCCCUUCGCAGCUUCGAUCGCAUAUCUUUUAACUGGAGAGGCAAAAAUGGCGCAAGAGUAUUCCUUCGCUUCAAUUGUCUCUCCACGGAUUUUUCCCGGAUCAAAGGUGUCAAAGGUAUCCCUCUGCGUAUCCAUGUGGAAAGUCGAGUCGUCGAUGAACCCGGAAACAAAGUUGAAAAGUGUAUCUGUCGAGUAAGAAUUUUUCGCGACAAGGGAGCUCAAAGAAAACUGAAGGAUGAAAGGAAACAUGUUGAGAAACAAAUUGAAAAACUACAAGCCGAAGAUCAUGUUGAUAUCGAGUCGCAUCCACUUUGGAAACUAUACACUACAGAAAGCACUGUGACACCUUUCUCUCUAUUAUACACCUCAACUGCAGGUAUACCAGAAGCCAUUAUGCCUAUCACGCGAGAAAGCUUUCACCCUCCUCCACGAAUGCCGCCACUACCGCCACCGCCAAGUGGAGAAGCAUCCGUUUCCAUGAUUAGCCCCAUACCAGAUCCUCCACUUCCACCUGGAUUUUCUUACAUGGCAACUCAGCCGCUACACACUCCGACUCAUCCACCAGCUGCAUUGGACAUUGACCCUACAUAUGUUCCCAGGUCACGAAGUUCUACUGCCGUUCUAAACAUUUUCAUACGCUAUGCGCAACACGAUACUCAUUACCGAGCCAUCUAUUUGCAACGGUUCACAGUAGGUGACCUCGUAGAUAAGAUAUGCCAAAAGAUAAAUAUCAACCCAGCAAGCAUUACAGCGGUCAUCAGACUAAAGGGCCACAUCAACAUUGCUGUCGACGAUCAAGUGGUUGAGGCUAUGAGAGAAGAACAGUCCAUAGAUGUUGAUUACGACAUGAAUCCAGAUGGUAGCUUAACACUGCUUCUCAGUUAUUAAUUUGCUCCACCUAUGCGUCGAACUUGCUUAAUAUAACAUUCGCUUGAAGUACGAUAUUAGUAUAAUUUGUUACUUGCUGGUGAAAUCUGUUGGGUAUAGUGGUUGGUAAAUAAUAUUAAGCUGCUCUGUGGGUAUUCAUUUGAAAGUGACUUUUCAAAUUUUUAGUGCUACAAAUCUGAAAUAAAUAUAAGCG